GCUGAUGAUGAUGACGAGGCUACGAAUUGCCACAAAAGGCGUAUAUUAGAGAGAGAGAGAUGAAUGUCUUGUAGUUUUGUUUUCAGAAGAAAGUAAUAAUUAAUCAAAACGACGACGAAGAAGAAGCUCUUUCAUCUUCCUCCGAUCCCGACUUUUGCUUCCGCCUCUUUUCCAUAGGUUGCGAUCAUUGUUAUCUACGCUUGGGAUGAUGAUGCGAACUGUCUCUCUACCACUCUCCCAUCAUAAGAUCCAUCGAGCUUCUGGAUACCAUUAUAGUGUUUCUUGUAAAAGUCGCGUGUAUCGGACACAGACAGGUCUUUCAUCAUGUUCCAUGAGACAAGACGUUUGGAGUCUUCAGCUUCUGGAGACCUUGCAUGGUUCAACACCCCCUGUAUCAUCUAGGUGUAAUGCGUUCGUUUGCCGAGCAGCUCUCUUUCCAGGGAGUGGAAGCCAACUCCCCAUUCUUAAAUCAACUGCACUAGUACUCACAAGGGCAUAUGAUGCUUUAAAUGGAAAUCCUCAUUUAGUGAAAUUAAUUCCAGCAGUUGCGAUUCUUGCAUUUGCUACGUGGGGGAUUAGACCCCUUCUAGGCGUAACCAGAGCUACCUUGUUUGAGAAGGGAAAUGAUUCAAAGAGCAGCAUGCAAUACACUGUUGUGUCAUAUCUUCAGCCUUUGCUGCUUUGGACUGGAGCACUCCUUUUCUGCAGAGCUUUGGACCCGAUAGUAUUGUCUUCAAGUGCCAGCCAAGCUGUUAAAACCCGCCUUCUUAGCUUUGCGCGGUCCAUAUCAACGGUGUUGGCAUUUGCCUGCUGUUUAUCAAGCCUACUUCAACAGGUGCAGAAAUUUAUUAUGGAGACAAAUAAUCCUGCCGAUACCAGAAAUAUGGGUUUCAGUUUUGCUGGAAAAGCUGUUUACACUGCUGCUUGGGUCGCUGCUGCUUCAUUGUUUAUGGAGCUUUUGGGUUUCUCUACCCAAAAGUGGCUAACAGCUGGAGGUCUGGGGACAGUACUGCUUACUCUCGCUGGUCGUGAGAUACUUACUAACUUUCUUUCAAGCAUUAUGAUUCAUGCUACACGGCCCUUUGUUCUGAAUGAGUGGAUCCAGACCAAGAUAGGAGGCUAUGAAGUUUCUGGCACAGUAGAGCACGUUGGUUGGUGGUCACCUACGAUUAUCAGAGGUGAUGACCGUGAAGCAGUUCAUAUUCCUAAUCACCAGUUCAGUGUUAACAUUGUGAGGAAUCUAACUCAAAGGACACAUUGGCGCAUCAAAACACAUCUUGCCAUCAGCCAUCUUGAUGUCAGCAAAAUUAAUAGUAUUGUUGCUGAUAUGCGCAAGGUGUUGUCAAAAAAUCCUCAAAUCGAACAGCAAAAAAUACACAGAAGAGUGUUUUUGGAGGAUGUAGAUCCAGAGAACCAAGCCCUUAGGAUUCUAAUAUCCUGUUUUGUAAAGACUUCACGUUUUGAAGAGUAUCUGUGUGUUAAGGAAGCAGUGCUCUUGGACCUUCUUAGAGUUAUUAGGCAUCAUGGGGCACGUCUAGCAACUCCUAUUAGAACAGUUCAGAGGAUGCGUAACGAGGCUGAGGUAGACAGUGCAGCAUUUUCAGACAUCGUUUUCAACCAGGCAGCUAUGAACCGUCGACUCAUGUUGAUUGAGCCAUCCUACAAAAUCAAUGGCGAUGAUAAUGCUAAGUCCUCUUCGCCUAACUCAGAGCAAAAAGGUGAAGAAAAAGACCCUGAAGGAGAAGCAUCGGGAUCCAAGGCUGAGACAGAAGACAACGGAUCAAACGCUAAAAAGGAGAAACCGAAAGUAGGUCUUGAUUCCAACUCUAGUACAGGCACUAAAGGUCCGACAACCGCAUCAUCGGACCAGCCUGUAGAACACAAAUCAGAAGAGAAGAAGAAAGAGAGUGCAGGAGAGUCAACUAAAUCAGAGAAGGAAGACGUGUCUGAUGGCGAAGGUGCAACACUGAAACCAAAAGCAAGACAAGGGACCGAGAAGAGCAAUGGAGAUGAGAAAGCUAGAGAUGUUCGUGGAUCUGGUACGAGUUCUUCGUUAACGGAGAAUAUUGUUCUCGGUGUUGCUUUGGAUGGCUCAAAACGUACACUCCCGAUUGAUGAAGAACCCGAGGCAUCUGGUUCGCUAAUGGAGUCUUAAGAACUUGGUGUUGGAUCGGAAUUAGUGAAUGAAAAGAGGUGUAAAGAAAAUUGUGUUCCAAGCAAUUUAGUACAUUUGUAGAAAGUAACAAAUGGAAAUGAAGAAAUGAGCCCUUUCACUAUGUAAAUAUAUCAGUAAGCUCAAAAGAUAAUUUGUUUCUGAGUGGAUAGUUUGAAGUUCCUUUGUGCUUUGAAAA